AUGCCGUUCAAAAAUGGAGAGUUGGCGGUCCAGGAGCUGGGCUCCGGGGGCUACAAGGACCGCGAUGAUGCGGACAUGGCCAAGUAUGGCCGGAAGCAGACAUUCGAGAGAAACUUUGGUUUCUUGUCCAUGCUGGGCUUCACGACGACCAUGAUGGCCACCUGGGAGGCGGUUCUUACUGCCAACCCCGCCGCAAUGGCAGAUGGAGGCCAGGCAACCCUUGUCUAUGGAUUCAUCUUUUGCUGGAUUGGUGCUCUUCUGACUGCAGCCUCGCUGGCCGAGAUGGCGUCAAUGGCUCCCACAUCCGCCGGCCAAUACCACUGGGUGUCUAUGCUCGCCCCUAAAGGCCAUGCCGUGUUCCUCAGCUGGGUAACCGGAUGGCUGGACCUGAUCGGAUGGUGGGCCAACACAGCAUCGGGUGUCUACUUUGCCUCGACCGUGCUGCAGGGUUUGCUGGUGCUGAACUAUGAGGGCUACGAUUACCACCGCUGGCACGGAACCCUACUGAUGUUUGCUGCGCUGGUGAUUUGCGUGCUAGUUAACUCCUUUGGGGCCAGGAUUCUGCCCAAACUUGAAGGACUGAUUCUGAUCCUCCACACGGCCGGAUUCCUGGCCAUUCUGAUUCCUCUCGUUUACCUCGCCCCUCACAAGAACGCCGAGUUCGUGUUUGCCACCUUCACCAAUACCUCGGGAUGGAAAAGCUCCGGUCUCACCUGGCUGAUUGGACUGAUGGGCACUAAUCUUCCGUUCAUUGGUUACGAUGGCCCCUGCCACAUGGCCGAAGAAGUCGUCAACGCCUCCGUCAUCGUCCCCUGGUGCAUGCUCGCGACCAUCAUGCUCAACGGCUGUCUCGGUUUCGCCAUGGUACUGGCCUUCCUCUUCUGCGUGGGCGAUCUCGACGCCGCCCUCGGCAGUGCAACCGGCUACGACUUCAUCGAAGUCUUCUUCAACGCGACCAAAUCCCACGCCGGAACGUCCGUCAUGACCGCCAUCGUAAUCGCCCUGACCAUCUGCGCCUCCUUCGGCUUCCUGGCCUCCUCGUCCCGUCUAACCUGGGCCCUAGCCAAAGACAAAGGCAUUCCCUUUGCCGACUUUCUCUCCCACAUCAGCACCGCAACCUCCGGCUCCGCGCUCCCCCUCCGCGCCAUCGCCCUCUGCGCCGUCAUAACCGCCUGCACCUGCAUAAUCAACGUCGGCUCCAGCGCCGCCUUCAACGCCAUGAUCUCCCUCACAACCGCAGGCCUCUUCUCCUCCUACGAAAUCGCCAUCAUCCUGAUCCUGAUGAAGAAAAUCAAAAACGACCCCAUCCCCUACGGACCGUGGAAAAUGGGCCGUUUACUCGGCAUCGUCAUAAAUAUCGGGUCGAUUGGGUUCUUGACUAUUACCAUCUUUUUUUCGUUUUUUCCGACGGAUUUGCCCGUGACGGCGACGAAUAUGAAUUGGUCGGCUGUGGUGUUUGUGGGGGAGUUUGUGUUGGGGUUGGGGUGGUAUGUUGUGCGGGGGAGGAAGAUUUAUCGGGGGCCGGUGGUUGAAAUUCCCAUUGCUGGGGAGGGAGAGGAGGAGGAGUAG